CAUGAGGUUGUGGCCAUGGGUGCUGAUGUGGGUGUGGCUGGCUGCAAUAGGGGCCAUAGACACUGGGUCCCAAGCCAGCUUCAGCCUUCAGAGAUAAAGGCAGGGGUCAGCUUGGCUGUUGUCACAGACUUUGCUUGGAUCCUAGCACCCAGACCCAAGCGUGCCACGGCGUCAGCCCUGGGGACAGAGUCUCGACGCUUCUUAGACAGGCCUGACUUCUUCGAUUAUCCAGACUCAGACCAAGCCAGGCUCCUGGCUGUGGCCCAGUUUAUUGGAGAGAAACCCAUCAUGUUUGUUAACUCAGGUUCCAGCCCCGGGCUCUUCCAUCACAUCCUGGUAGGCUUCCUGGUGGUGGUCGUCUUCUUUCUCCUUUUCCAGUUCUGCACCCACAUAAACUUCCAGAAAGGGGCCUAAAGAGCCGGACAGGGGCCCCGGACUCAACCUGAGCACCCACACCCACCUCCUCUCCUGUUGAUGAGCAAAAGUUCCCCACCUUUCCCUCCCUGACUGCCCAGCGAGGAGCUGGGGAUCCCGCUCCCUGUGCGUUUCCCACAGCCCAAGCCCCCCACCUCCUCCCUUCCCAGCCCCAAAGAACUUGAUGGUGAGGGCCUCGGUGGCGUUCACGCAGAUCGUCUUUUAUUAGCGGUCUGUAAAGCACCUCCCAGGGUCCCCCGACCCCAGAUUGGAGGAAGCCUUGAGAGGUCAGUAGCACCAGGGACAUGGCAGGGCCCGAGGGCGCGAUGUGCAGCCGAUGGUGAGGGACUGGGCGCCCUCGCCUGCCCCCGGGGUUGUCAGCACUGGGAAGGCUUGGGGGUAGCAGUCACCUCUCUCCCUCAACCCCUCAACCCAACAGACUAGUUCAAAUUUGGGUAAA